AUGGUUAGAGGAGAUUUUGGAGGAGGAAGAGGUGCACCAAGAGGCCGUGGUGGCCCACCAAGAGGAGGUCCAAGAGGUAGAGGCGCUCCAAGAGGUGGCCGUGGCGGAAGAGGCAUGAAAGGUGGCUCCAAAGUCUUAGUCGAGCCUCACAGAUUCCCAGGAAUUUUCAUUGCCAGAGGUAAUGAAGACUCUCUAGUUACAAAAAGUUUCGCCCCAGGAGAAAGCGUUUAUCAAGAAAAAAGAAUCCCAGUCCAAGUUGGGGAAGACAAAAUUGAAUACAGAGUAUGGAACCCUUAUAGGUCUAAAAUCGCUGCAGCUAUUUUGGGUGGAAUCGACCAAAUUUGGAUCCAGCCAGGCGCUAAAGUUCUUUAUCUAGGAGCAGCAUCUGGUACAACAGUUAGCCAUGUUUCAGAUAUAGUAGGCCCUGAAGGAGCUGUAUAUGCUGUAGAGUUUUCUCAUAGAUCUGGCAGAGACUUAGUGAAUAUGGCUAAAAGAAGGACAAAUGUGGUACCAAUUGUAGAUGACGCUAGACAUCCAAUGAGGUACAGAAUGCUUGUACCAAUGGUUGAUGUUAUUUUUGCUGAUGUCGCACAAAGAGACCAAGCCAGAAUUUUAGCUCAUAAUGCACAGCAUUUUGUGAAGAAUGGAGGACAUUUUGUGAUUUCAAUUAAAGCAAAUUGUAUUGAUUCGACUGUAGAGCCUAGUGUGGUGUUUGAGAGGGAAAUAGAGACUUUGAAGGAGAUGGGAUUUGUGCCAAAAGAGAUGCUUACUUUGGAACCUUAUGAAGUUGACCACGCUGUUGUUGCUGGAGAAUACAAACCAAUUGAAUAA